GCUCAGCAGAGUAACAGCGAUGUGUGUGAGAGGUGCCGUAGUGACAUAGAGGAAGCAAAAGAAAAAGAGAGAGCGAGAAAGCACUAAAAGACACAAUGAAGGGGAAUCUACUUGUUCAGAGCAGCCCGAUAGACAUUUAAAGAACAUACAAAACUUUGCAUGGGAGAAGUGGAGGUGGAAGACUUUGAAGAUAAUGGGAAGCAAAACGUCUCUUGCAUGUGCAAACAUCUCAUAUGGUUCAAACCACUCAGCAUCAGACUUCACCAGCAACGAAGAACGGGUGGUGCUGGGCACUGUCAUGUCUCUACUGGUCCUGACUAUUGUCUUUGGCAACGUGUUGGUGAUUACAGCCAUCGCCCGCUUCCAACGGCUUCAGAAUGUCACUAACUGCUUUAUUACGUCACUGGCGUGCGCUGACCUGGUCAUGGGAUUAAUAGUGGUGCCCUUUGGUGCUAUUUACAUUAUUCAAAACCAGUGGUACUUUGGCAGGUUUUGGUGCGAUUUCUGGACAGCCACAGAUGUUUUAUGUGUCACCGCCAGCAUUGAGACACUAUGUGUCAUUGCUCUGGAUCGCUACCUCGCUAUCACUUCACCCUUCCGCUACCAGUCCAUGCUGACGAAAUGCAGGGCUCGUGUGGUGGUGCUCCUAGUGUGGGUCAUCGCUGGGCUGACUUCCUUCCUGCCGAUUUACACGAAGUUGGGGAAUUCUGUCGAAGGGGAAGCAAAAAAUCGCAUUAAUAACACCUCAUGCUGCGAAUUUGACGUCAAUCCCACUUAUGCCAUCACCUCAUCCAUCAUCUCCUUCUACAUCCCGCUGGUCAUCAUGGUUUUCGUCUACAGCCGCGUCUUUCAGGAGGCGAGAAAGCAGCUGAAGAAGAUCAACAAAACUGAAGGCAGAUUCCAUGCUCAAAAUGUUAAUGGCAAAAAUCUGUCAAGUGACGAAGGUGCCAUGGGCGGCCACUGUGAAGUGAGGACCGUCAAGAAGCCCAAGUUCUGCCUGAAGGAACAUAAGGCUUUGAAGACCCUGGGCAUCAUCAUGGGUGUCUUUACACUGUGUUGGCUGCCAUUCUUUGUACUAAACGUGGCAUCCCAUAAGAUGGGCAACAUCGAUUUGACGUUGAAAAUUUUAAACUGGAUAGGCUAUGCUAACUCAGCCUUCAAUCCACUCAUCUACUGUAGGAGCCCAGAGUUCAGGUAUGCUUUUAAGGAGAUCCUGUAUCUCAAUAGGUCACGCUACCCUAACGCAAGGCCGGUCAAUGGAUAUAAAUACAGUGGGCAUAGCUGGCAAAGUGACCACAGAGGACGGAGCAAAGGCAGUUCAGAGGACAGUGAGCCAGCGGAGGGGAACUUAGAGAAAGAGUUGGCUGUAGACAGAACAGACUCGAAUGGGAACUGCAGUAAAAACUAAGCGUCUUGUAAUUCACAUGGCAAGUCCUGACACAUUCCACUGUGACUCCUCAUAAUGUCGCUUAAAGACAGGUUACAAAUAAGGGAGCAUGUUAGAAGAGUUUGUGUAAAAAAGGGAUAUUUUUCUCAUCUACCUCAUAAUGUAUUGUUUUCUAUUUCACUUGCUCUGUCGUAUCAUUUUACCAUGAACUUAAAGGGACAGUUCACCCAAAAAUCAUUUACUCACCCUCAAGUUGUUCCAAAUCUGUAUAAAUAUCUUUGGUCUGCUGAACAAAGAGAAAGAUAUUUGGAAGAAUGCUCGUAACCAAACAAUUCUUGGCCCACCAUUGAUUACCACAGUUGGAAAAACUGCUUUAUUUCUUUGUUCUGUUUAACACAAAAGAAUAUAUUUUGAAGAAUGUAGGAAAGCCGUUCUGGGGCACUUUUGACUAACAUUGUUAUUUUCCUACUAUGGUAGUCAAUGGGGUCCAAGAACUGUUUUGGUUACAAGAUACAGAUUUGGAACAAAUGAUCACAAAAUUUUUAAUUUUUGGGUGAACUGUCCCUUUAAGGGUAGUUUACAAAAAAAAACUGAAAGCAGAAAUCAAACAGCAGCAAAAAAUAAAUAUUUGAUUAAAUUAAGCUUAAUGAAUGAAUAAAAAUGGUUACCAAUUCUGUUUUUGUUAAGCAAACAUGUUCACAGAUAAAAAUGUUCAACAAAACUACUUCUCUACAAGAAAAAAUACAUAAUACAUUUUUAAUGCAGGCAUUUAGCACUUUCCACCCCACGGGUUUAUGCCACUUGGCAAUCAUUCCUCCAAACAUCAUUUGAACUGAAGUACAAUUUCUUAGUCUGAGAUCAUUCUCAUGAUCUGUUUUAACACCACUUUCAUUAAACAAAGCAUCUUUUUAUACUUCUGAGAUAUAGCACUCACAAAGAGCCAGUUUUACUCUUUGAAAGGUCAUUGUGACAAGGAGAGUGGGACGAGGGCCGUGAGGGAAUGGCGCAAGUCCACGGUGCAAGGGAGGUGACGCGAGUGACAAUGAGCGUCAGCUGUGCGUUGCACCGGUCUCGCAUCUCUCAGGGAGGAGCUACGGAAGCAAAAAAGAAGGAGCGACAGCAGUGAAGGACGAGAGAGAACCAGGCAACGCGCAGCUGUCGCGCAUUAUCACUCACGGCACUCGUCCCGCUCUCCUUGUCACAGUCAUUUCAAUUGAUACAUUCUGCAAUGCAAUAAAACCAAAAUGACACCAAUCUAUUUUUUUUACCACAGCUCUUUUAAUUCUGUUUGAAUAUAAAAGAUACAUACUUUAUCAUACACUCUAGAAAAUGACACACCUGACAACCCAAAGUGGAAGCACCUCUUGCCACAGCAAAAGAGGAAGAAAUUGUGCAUGGUCACAACAGCUUGUUUCAGGAAACUGCGGGUGUAUGGUUUUGUCUUACAGUCUUGUGACUGCUAAAGCUGAGCGUCCUUAGAUGGAAGUCGCUAUACAUCACCACUUCAUUUCUUUCUGCAGUAUUUUAACAGCGUACAAUAUAAACACAAAUCUCUUGGUUAUAUGCAUGUACGAUAACAGAACUUCUCCGGUGGCCUGUUUUGAUCUGCCUGUCGUUUUGGGUCUCGCUGCCAGAUCUUUGCUAUUCACCCUGGGAAUGUUCUUAACAUUUUUAGUCCAUCAAGCCACCAUAUAAAUACUUCAGAUUUGGUGUUUAUCAAAGGACAUUACAUGACUCCCUCCCAAAAACGUUAUCUAGCAAGAUAAAUAAAUUAGGAAGUAUUAAGUUUCCUGUCUGCAAGCAAUAAUAGGUCCAGCUAAUGCAUGCAGUUCAAAGCACACAGAAAUCUGUCCGUUCCCCCCUGACUCAGAUUUCUGACCUAUAGGCGUUUAAUCCAAUGUUCCAUGCACAUCAAAUCCUGGAAGAGUGGUGAAUAGUUUCAAUACUUGUCAGUGUUUGUGAACUAUUCAUUUUAGGGCAAGUGGUUCUUUGUUACUGUGCUGCUUGCUUACGCCGUUGAAACUGUGACAUCUUGUGGCUUUGUGUUCUUGUUUGCUUGAGCAUGUUUUGUGUGUGCCGAGCAAAAUGCUUUGAAGGUUGCAGACAUUUCUACCUGUUUACUUCCACUGCUACAAUGUUGUGAUAUAAGAACAAAAAUUCUGCUUUAUGGAAACAUUACACCAAGUAAGUUUAAAAAUAGCUUUGCAAACACACUAUCAAUAUACAUCUAAUCUUUCAAAGACCACAGGCAUUACUAUAUUACUGUUCCUUAAGAAACGUGUGUGUGUCAUUGUUCUUGGUGUGAAUCGAUUUGUUAACAGUGCACUCUUCUGGUAAAGUGUUUCUCUGCAGGUAUAGCUCACAGUAAUCACCUGUGUUUAACAUCUUGUGCUAAAUCGUCCUUAUUGAAAUAUUUGUGCAAACUUUGACAUGACUGUAGCAUUGUAACAUACUGUUAGUAGUUUAUAUGAAUUCGUAAUUGUCUGUGGACAUGCUUCUGUCAAGUUUACAAAUAUCAAUGUCUUUCUGUAAGACAUGUUUUCCAGUCAAUUGGCAUGUUAAAGGGACCGUUCAACCAAAAAUUUUAAUUCUUCAUAAUUUAUUCACCCUCAUGUCAUUCCAAACCUGUAUGACUUUCUUUCUUUUGCAGAACACGAAGAUAUUUUUAAGAACAUAAACAAACAACAUCAGCCCCCAUUGAGCUCUAUUGUACGGACACAAAACCACUGAGACAUUUCUUAAAAUAUCUUCUUUUGUGUUCCACAGAAGAAAGAGUCAUACACGGGUUUACAACCACAUGAGGGUGAAUAAAUGAUGACAGAAUUUUCAUUUUUGGGUGAACUAUGCCUUUAAGAGUCAUGAAUUGCACCUUAAUUUUAGUAAUCAAAGAAUGUUGUGGGGCUUCUGAAUCGGGUCUCCACACAUGUAUGAUGCUGUAUAGUAUCAGUAGCAUCAUAUGGGCUAUAUACACAUCAUAUUGAUGUUAGUCCCAGCAUUGAAUGUGCACAAUUUCUUUACACUGAACAUUUUACACCUGAAAAGUUGAGUACGUUGUUGAAAUUUUACACCUGAAAA